UUCCGAGCUGAAAGCGAGAUUUCUCGAGGUCGGGCAGGUAUUGUGUGUGUGAACUCAGAAUAUUUGAUAGUUGCAGCCCAUUGUUUUGAAGGCAACAAAAACGAUGAACGAAAAAAAUGAUGCUCUUGAAAACCUUUCCAAACGAAAAGGGGAUGUAAAAUUACACGGGAACGGUGAUACGUAUUAUAAAAACGGCGUAGAAAACGGGGAUAUGGGUCGCGAAAGCAGGGAGGACUUUGAACAGACACCGAUUUGGAUAGCAGUAAUGACUUACAUUGCGUACGCUAUCCUGAUUCUGUUUGGUUACCUGCGAGAUUUUAUGCGUUAUUAUGGCCUCGAAAAAUCCCGAGCGUUCAAAGAAAUCGGAAAUAAAGGGUUUGUUCCAUUAUAUGCGAGUUUCGAGAGUUUUUACACAAGGAAUCUGUAUCGAAGAAUACGAGAUUGCUGGAACAGACCAAUAUGCAGCUCCCCGGGUGCUGAGAUUGAUAUUAUGGAGCGAUCAAGUACUGACAAUAACUGGUCAUUUAGACACACAGGAAAAACAAUCAAGGCUCUAAACCUCGGAUCCUACAACUAUCUUGGUUUCGCUGAGAAUUCUGGCCCUUGCACGGAUGAUUCUGAACAAGCAAUACGUGAUUACGGACUUGCGGCUUGUAGCACAAGACAUGAGUAUGGUACGCUCAGUAUUCAUGUUGAGCUUGAGGAACUUGUGGCAAGGUUUAUAGGCAAAGAAGCAGCGAUGGUGUUCGGCAUGGGUUUUGCUACAAACUCAACCAACCUCCCAACUUUGGUGGAUAAAAAGUGUUUGAUUGUCAGCGACGAAUUGAAUCACUCCUCGCUUGUGCUAGGGGCAAGAUUGUCUGGAGCAAAGAUUGAAGUUUUCAAGCAUAAUGACAUGAACCAUCUUGAAAAGAUUUUAAGAAACGCGGUGAUUCAAGGACAGCCACGUACCCACAGACCGUGGAAGAAGAUCUUGAUUGUGGUUGAAGGAGUCUACAGCAUGGAAGGAUCAAUAGUGAAGUUACCCGAAGUGAUUGCUUUAAAAAAGAAAUACAAAGCAUACCUUUACCUUGAUGAAGCUCAUAGCAUUGGUGCCAUGGGACCCAAUGGUAGAGGUGUCUCUGACUAUUUCAAUGUCGAUCCAAAUGAUAUUGACAUCAUGAUGGGAACGUUUACGAAGAGCUUUGGAUCUGCCGGCGGUUAUAUUGCUGCUUCGAAGGAGAUCGUCCAUCAUAUUCGCUCGUCAUCUCACAGCGCCGUCUACGCAUGCUCAAUGUCUCCACCUGUUGCGCAACAGAUCAUCUCCUCUAUGAAGAUCAUCAUGGGUGAGGGUGAAGAUGGAACCGACGAAGGCCAAAGGAGACUUCGUACUUUAUCAGAGAACAGCAAAUAUUUUAGGGAGUCAUUGAAGAAAGCUGGGUUUAUUGUUUAUGGUCAUGCAGACUCCGUGAUAGUUCCCGUGCUAAUCUUCUUACCUGGAAAAAUAAGCGCUUUGAGUCGUGAAUUGUUAAAGAGGGGGAUAGCAGGGGUUGUUGUGGGAUUUCCAGCUACAAGUAUCCUAGAGUCACGCGCUCGCUUCUGUAUUUCUGCCUCCCACACGAAAGAACAACUGGAUAAGGCAAUCAAGGCGAUGAACGAAGCCGGUGAUAUACUGGGAAUGAAAUACUCGCGUCGAAGAUGACGGAGGGAAUGAGACCGAAUGUUUGAUGAG